UGCGUAGUGAAGUGCACACGAAUGCUCGCUCGGUGCUCGCGUAGCUCAUAGCUGAUUCAUUUUUCCUGCGAUUUCUCAGCAGCCAAACAGAAAAUAAAUUUUCCUUCCAGUAGAAAAUGAUCGGAGUCGGGAAGAUCAAGCAAUACUCUAACGUCCUCGACAAGCCCCUCAGCAAGGGCAAACAAGAGGUUAGCUUGAGUGCAUUUGCAUUCUUGUUUUCGGAGCUUGUUCAGUACAAUCAAACACAGGUUGAUAACAUUGCCGAAUUAGAAAGAAGGCUGGAGGAUGCAGGGUAUGCAGUUGGGGCUCGAGUUCUUGAACUUUUGUGCCAUAGGGAUAAGGGAAAUAGAAGGGAGACUCGAUUGUUGGGUAUUUUGUCUUUUGUGCACAGCACUGUCUGGAAGGUGUUAUUUGGAAAGGUGGCUGACUCACUUGAGAAGGGCACUGAACAUGAAGACGAAUACAUGAUCAGUGAGAAGGAACUCCUUGUGAACAAGUUUAUUUCAACUCCAAAAGACAUGGGGACUUUUAAUUGUGGGGCAUUUGUUGCUGGAAUAGUGAGGGGUGUUUUGGAUAGUGCAGGAUUUCCAGCGGUAGUAACAGCUCAUUUUGUACCUAUGGAGGGACAGCAAAGACCUCGGACAACUAUUUUGAUAAAGUUUGCUGAAGAGGUAUUGCAAAGAGAAGCGAGGUUAGGUUGAUUGCUAUGCCUGGGUUAUCUUUGAGUUGUCCAUGUUCUGCAACACUGGGAAUGGAACGAUGAACUUCUGCUGGUUUGUUAAUCUAACGAGGAUUUCACCUGCCAAUCACACUGGCAAAUCUAUAUUCCUGUCUCUGAUUAAUGAUGGUUGUGUAUUAUUCUUUAUGGCAUCGUGGUUACUGAUAUGAUGGCAAAAGAUUUUUGCAAGUGCAGUUGAUGUAAAGUAAAUGUUAUCAUUACUGUUAAGUUUUGUGUUAAUAUGAACUCAAAUGGAUUAUUACUGA